AUGGCCGAGCACACACCAAACGGCCAACAAGCCGAGAAACAAUCCGUCUUGCUCGUCGCGCUCCCUUCCCAGCCCAAGGCCACCUCAACCAACUCCUCCACUUCUCCCUUCCCACCUCUCUUCCUCCACAUUUCCCCGUCCACAUCGCCUCCUCCUCCACCACUCCCUCCAGUGCCAAGACCCGCCCUCCAGGGCUGGCCUCCGCUCCGCUCUCCAGAUCCGCUUCCACCACCUCCCCCUCACUCCCUUCCCCUCCCCCUCCCCACCCCACCUCCCCUUACAAAUCCCCUCCACCUCCUCCCUCCUUCGAGCCGCCAUGCACCCCUCCAGUCCCCCCUCACCUCCCUCCUCCGCUCCCUCUCUCUCUCCUCCCGUCGCCUCGUCGUCGUCCACGACCCUCUCAUGAGAUUCGCCUGCGCCGAGGCCGAUUCGAUCCCCAACGCCGAGACGUACGAGUUUCAGUGCGUCACGGCGUCGUACCAGCUCUCGUUCUUCACCGACGAACUCGAGAAUAUUGGUGACAAGCUGAGUCGAGAAGUGAGAAAUGUGGUCCUCACCCAGUUUCCUGACUGCUAUCCAGAAGACUUCUGGGUGUUUUUGGCCAAGUACCGGAGAGAAUUGUCGUCGAGGGCCGGAGUCGUGAUGAAUACUUGUAAGGAGAUCGAUGGGGAGUUCAUCGAGUUGAUGCCGCAUGUGCCCAGGUAUCGAAACAAGAAGUUGUUCGCAAUCGGACCGAUGAGUCCAGUUUCAGCGAGCGGUGGCGACCACGAUCGCCACGAGUGUUCAUUGGACAAGCAACCGUCAGAAUCCGUCGUCUACGUUUCUUUUGGGAGCACAGUAUCGAUCUCCGACGAACAGAUCGAGCAGCUAGCCCUCGGCCUCUUGCACAGCCGUCAGCGCUUCAUCUGGGUCUUAAAAGACGCAGACAAAGGCGAUAUCUUCACUGACAACGAAAACAGUACUAAACAGAGGAAACUGCCAUCAGGCUUCGAGGAAUCCACGUCAGAGACUGGAGUCGUAGUGCGAGGCUGGGCACCGCAGUUGGAAAUCUUGGCGCACCCGUCGACGGGUGUUUUCGUGAGCCACUGCGGGUGGAAUUCGUGCAUCGAGAGCUUGAGUUUCGGAGUGCCGAUGAUCGCUUGGCCCAUGCAUUCGGAUCAGCCAAGGAAUGCGACGAUGGUGUGCGAGUAUCUGAAGGCUGGGGUUUUGGUGAGGGGCUGGGAACGGAGGAAGGACACGGUAUCCGGUCCGGAGGUUGAGAGGGCGAUUGAGAGAGUGAUGGGCACUGAUGACGAAGGGAAGGAGAUUAGGAAGAGGGCGAAGGGGUUAGGGAAGGAGAUUAGAGGCGCUGUGAAGGAGAAUGGAUCGUCUAAGGCUGAGUUCGAUUCGUUUGUUCAGCAUAUUACUAGAUGAUGAUGAUGUUAUGUCGGCGUCCUUGAUUCUGAGUAUGGAAAAAUAAAUGGGUAAAUUUCAGAUUGGAAAACCACUCUUAAGUUUGGUUGUUUGUUAGAUAACCCCCUAACUAUCAGAUGUCACAAGUCGAUCAUUUUCUAGAUCAUUUUUUUCUCACGUAUAAUGAGUAUGUAUCAUUAGGGAAAACAUCGACAUAAAUUAGUUUCCGUGAAUUUUCUGCU